AUGCUGAGGGAUGCCGGUGAAACCCCUGAUCAGAACAUUGUAGCCUUUUUGGAGGCCACUGAGAUCACCACUUUGCAAAAUGUUAAAACCCAAGUUGUCCAGAGUUCAGCUGCCACCAUCGACAGCAACGAGCUUUGCGACUUCGUGGCUAAGGCAAGUAGCAAGCUAUCUCUGCAAUCUCAAUGUGCAAUGGAUGCCACUGGUAAACUUCACCAGGCUUCACCAGGUGAAGCCUUCGGGGAAUACACUAACGAUUUGCACGUGAACGAUGCCGAUGCCAUGUAUCAGGGGCAUCUCGAGUGGAUGAAGAUGGGUCAGGUGUGGCAGCUUGCUCUUCCGCAUGUUACUCGAAGAAUCAAAGUGGCUGUAAUAGAUUCCGGAGUCGACUGGACUGACCCGGAUCUGGCCCCUUUGAAGGGAACGCUGAAGAAGAGAAGCGGCGGUUACAUCGACGGAGGUUGGAAUUUCAACACCAACUCGUCGACACUGACGUUCGCGAACACGCAUGGUACCAGCGUUAGCAAGAUCCUCGCCGCCAAGAGUAACAACUCGGUUGGUGUCGCUGGGAUGGCUCCUAAUGUCACCCUAGUACCGCUACAAGUAAUGGCAAAGGACUCUCCUCUGAGUCUAUCUAAAUUCUUGCUUGCUCUCGAAAUGGCCAUUGACAUUGAGGUAGACAUCAUAUCGGUGUCUCUAGGGUUCACAUUGAGCGCGUUUGAAAUGGAGUUGCAACAUAUGCUGUUCGAUGCCCUACGUGCUGUACAACAGAAUAACAUUAUACUCGUUGCUUCCGCAGGCAAUGACUUCGAGGAAGCAUCUGAUGUUUACCCCUGUUGGUAUGGUGGCCCACUCGGAAUGUGUGUCGCUUCCUUGUAUGACUACAUGUGGGACAAUAGGACUGAACCAGUACUCUAUCUGGAGUCGAAUUAUGGUGAUAGAGUUGACGUCGCAGCCUAUGGCACUCAACUCGUGGUCGGCCGUGAUAAGGCAGGUGAAUUGAUAAAGUUCAGCGGCACAUCCGCUGCUCAACCGCAAGUAGCUGGUCUGGCUGCUAUCCUCCUGUCAAUGAAUGUCGAACCGUCGUUGGUGAAGCGACUGAUCCUGGCUAAUGCUGUUCCAGCCGGGCUCGAGAUGCCAGAAUAUUUCCCUCAGUAUAUACGGGGCGGUGCCAUUGAUCCUCUGAGGACUGUGGAACACGCUAUCAGCUUUCUCCCUUCGACACCACGAGGCCUGCGAGGGAAAGAUGCAUCCUUCCAAUGA